AUGGGAUUGCCGUGUGAGGUGAAGGCUCUGGUCAAGAAAUGUGUUUUACAGCUGGUGCUGCUUCCAGGGGUGGUGUGCCUUCUUAAGGAACACUGGCGAAGCUUGCUACAGGAGGCCAAUUGGCUCAUUGAUAGCGCGCAAGGAAUCUUGCAGUUCUUUGUGUCGCGAGGUGACUGCUUCAGUGUGUUGGCAAAGGAGUUGCAUGAGACAUUGUUGCUUGGAAGGGUGCAUGCGCUGGAGUGUUUGUCUCUUUAUUCUAGGCUGGAGCAACAACCGCAAGGGUGUGUCCGGGACAGACUGCGUGUGGGACUUGGAUCGCCAAGCAUGUCUGGAUGUGUUGCUACGCGAGGAGAAAACAUCAAGUGGAGUACUUUUACGCAUGAACAAACAGGUAUUUUGCAGGCAAUUCGUGCUCUGGACUUGGACCUGAUUAUCUUGCCAGGAGCACGCUUACCUGAUAAUUUCAAGGCACCUGAUGACUGGUGCUUGCAGUCUUUUUGCCGAAAGGGCCAAAACUUUGACAGCUGUGCUAUCAUGUGGAGGAAGGAAUUGCAGGCAAUUGUUCCUCUGGCCAAUGUAGGAGGGCCCAGACGCCUCCACCUGGCCAUUCCUAGAGUGAAUAAACCGCCGCUUUUCAUCAGUGCGGUCUAUUUGCCUCCAGACAAUGCCUCGCAUGGGGAUGCUGCAUGGUGCAACGAACUUGAUGGUCUUGAUAAUGACUUCAGACAUCUUGAGUGUGAGUUUGCUUCCGAUGGAAACAAACUGGAUGUCUUGCUGCUAGGGGACAUGAACAUACAACCAGGUCUGCUUGGAGCUGGACCCGAUCGCAGGGUGCAAAGGGAACGUCGGUGGAAUAGCUUUGUUGAGAUGCACUGUUUCACGGUUGCCAACCCAAGCCUCAGAAGUUGUCCAGCAGUUCCUGUGCUGCUGCCAUUGCGCCAGAAAACGGUGCAGAUCCGGCCUGGGGAUACUCAUCACGAUGCUGCAGGCGGUACCUCUCGUGCCAUUGACCUCGUUGUGGCCUCACCCUCUGUAGAUGUGGAGGUCACAAUUCACAACUCUCUAAACUGCUGCAAGGAACAGGAAUGUCCAUGGCCUUUGUGCGUAGAAUACACUGGAGGUGACCACUUCCUGAUGCAUGCUGAUGUCGUUGACGACUUUCUCCUGCCUGAGAUGCGCCAAACAGGGGGCAUGCCGCUAUGGCUACAUGACGAAAGUAGAUGGCGGGCAGGAUGGCUAGCUGCAGGCGGUGCCCUGCAGUCAUUCAACAGGCUCUUGCAACCUGUCGCAUGUAACAGCGAUGGCAUGCGAAGCUGCUGCAAGUUGAAGAAGAAACUUGCGCAAUGGAUUGGAAAUGCAGCCACAUGGGUGCAAACUUUCAUAGCGACGACUGUUCUACAAGGCUGGGUCGUGAGACCGUGGAACGCACCAAUGCGUACUUACCAAUGUGCUCAUGCUGGCGGGGCCAUGGGACCUGAAGACCCGUGGUUGCGCAAGCUAGCAGCUUCUUGUGCGCGCGGUGCUGCUCCGCGUGCACUGGCGAACCGCUGCUUUCGAUUUCUGAAACCUGCCUCGCCUUCUCCUCUGCCUUGUCUUGUAAAAGAUGGUGCCAUCUUGACUGGUGGGGUGGUGCACACUGAAUGGUGCAAGGCUUUUCUGGGACAAAGUGAAUGGCCGUAUCCGUGGGAUGCUAGCUACGAUGCCCAGGUCAAAGCAUCGUGUCAAGCAGAGAACCCGCGUGCAUGGGCUAAUCGAGGACGCGGGGCGUACGAUGCACCCGUGCUACAAAGUGAAGUAUCUGUUGUUAUGGACAAGUGGAGCAAGUCACUGGCCACAACACCAGAUCUAAUUCCAAGAACGGCGUUCCUCCUACGCAACAGGGAGUGGGAUGCCUGCUGGCCAGGGUGUUUAGCCUUCAAACCUGACCUCUGGCGACGGACGCUUGUUGUUCCUAAGCAUAAGCAGGGACUUGUCAUUUCACCUGACAACUGGCGAUUUCUGGAAGUCCGCUCGCAAAUGGGGUUGUUACAGGAAGCUGUUCUCAUCAAUCGAAUCAAGCCAUGUCUUCUGCGUGGCAUCGAACCAGGGCAGUCAGGCUACGUGCGUGAUGUCUCCGACGCCCAGCUAGUUCUACAUGAACUCACUGCUGCGCGGCGGGCCUCUGGACUUCCCAUCCUUACCAUCAUGGGUGACCUGGCGCGUGCCUUUCCAAGAACAUGGCGGGAUGACUUCCUUACUCAAAUUUGUCUUCAAGCAGGCCUAGAUGGAGGCGGUCGUGGCCUACUUGCUGAUAUGCUUUUUUGGGAUGCGCCCGUGCUUAAUCUGCAUGGCCUCUCCGCGCUGGUCAAAUUUGAAGGCGUUCCAGAAGGGGUGCCAGACGAAGCCGUGGUGCUACAACUGCUGGAAGCACUUCAGGGUCGUGCUCUAUUGCCAAGCCCGGACAGCAUCUGCAGGGACGAGACCCUUAUGGCCUCAUGUCUUCGUGCAAUGGAUCGCAUGGCUGCGUCGCAUAUCAACCUGGUAUUGCAUGCAGAUGACCCAGUUAUUGUCUGCUCCAGCCGAGGAGCCGCCAUGGCAGUGCUUGAUGAUGUUGCAAGGUGGGCCUUUGCUCACAAAGCUACCUUCCAUGUGGGACCUGCAAAAACUGUUGUGCUCCUACCUGAAGGUGAGAUGGAUCCGCGUCUUGUGCUUCCGCUCAUCGGUGCUGCUCCUUGCCCCAUACAUACCAAGACCCGGCACAAGUGGUUGGGGCUUGUGUGGCCUGCAAACCUUGACUUUGCUUCUGCGCUAGAGUCGAGUAUACAAAGAGGAAACCUGCUGGUUUCUGACAUUGUUAGUCUGCUGGACAAUGGCGGCCUGCCGCUCUGCUUUGCACUCGCUCUUUUUGAUGCAAAGGUAGAGGGUAGCCUGCGGUUUGGACGAUGGCUACUGGCGACCGCUCCUGGGGCCUUGGAUAAGUAUGACGCUGCCUUUAACCGUUGGGCGUGUGCUCUCCUGCACAGUCCGCCAUGGCGCUCUGCUGCCAUUGCACACAUGGAACUCGGAUGGGGACUAUGUGGUCGUCAUCGCGCACUUCUAGACAUUGCUGGUCGGAGGGCUAGGCUGUGGACGCUGCCUCAAGGGGAUUUGUAUGGCGAGAUCUUCAUCCAGUCGCAUGCCGUGCCACUUUCCUGGGCACGCAGGAGCCUGACAUUGUUGGAAGAGCACGACAUCCCUGACUACCCGGAUGCAGAGGGCUGCGGUUCUGUCAAAUCGUACCUCGUCCUUGUUCGCUCCCUGCUGUCGUCUGCGGCUUCUGCUGUGCUCUGGUCGUCUUGCUCUGGUCAUCUGGCCAAAGUUCGCUGCUGCAUUUUCUGCAACAAGAAGACAUGGGCUCCCUACAUUCAUGUGCUGGGCGAAUGCCGCAUCAGCCAUCACCCGCAUCUGCGUGAUGCCUGUGAGCUCCUAUGUCCAAGGGAGCGUGCUUUAGGGCUGCUCAACGCCCAGCCUCAUGAGAUGCUCUUUGCUCCGGCUGCGUGUGUUGCGCUGACCAUUGAACGAGGGAGCAAGCAGUUCUGGGAGCAAGCUGGCUGA